GCCUGAUUGACCGGCUGACAGAAAUCCACUCUGACAACGACACUGCCUCCCUCCUGCCCUUCCUGCUGCGGCCCCCCCCACCACCCUUCUUCUCCCGCUGCCUGCACUCCACCGCCGCCCCCGCCUUCCACCGUCUCAUGGACCGAUUGACAGAGAUCCAUGAGGAUAACGACACGCGCUCGCUCCUGCCCUUCCUGCUGCGCCCCCCACCGCCCUUCUUCUCCCGCUGGAUCCACUCCACUGCCGCCUCUGCCUUCCUCCGCCCCGCCCUCCCCCACGCCUGCUUCUCCUUCCGUUCCGGUGCCGUCGCCCCACCUGUGCUGGGCCUGCAAGGGUUCACCCUGCAUGGGGCUGGGUCGGUGCAUGGAACGGCGGGGAGAGGUCGACCGGGACUGGUGGCACAGGACGAUGGUGAGUGGUGCAGGGCGGUGGUGAGGUGA